GUUUGGAAAUAAUUCACUUCUUCAGAUGGAAAAAAGUAUUAUUACAAUAAGGUUACUCAACAAUCAACGUGGUCAAUACCAGAGGAACUUCAGUGGGCUCGGGAGCAGGCAUAAAAAGUUGCAAACCAGGGAAUGCAGUCAGAAACAAGUGAUACACCCAAUGCUGUUGUCUCAUCAAUUGCAACAUCAACAGCAGCUAAUGCAGCUAGCUUGAACCCUUCUUUGACAUCAAAUGGGCCUGCUUCCAGCCCAUCUUCUAUCAUACCAAUUGCAUCAACCGAUUCUCAGCAGUUGGUUUCUGGGUUAUUAGGGGCCUCUGUUUCACACUCUACAGUUACCUCAAGCACCACAAGUGUUGAACCAAGCAGUGCGGGAACUACAAGUGUUGUGCCUGUAGUAAUUGCAGGAGGCUCAGGACUACCUGAGAACUCACCUCAACUAUCCAAAAUGCCACCCAUUGUCGAAAAUCAAGCAUCUCAAGAUUUUGCUUCUGCAAAUGGAUCUUCUCCUCAAAAUAUUGAGGUAACUAUUGUAAUUGAUGGGGCUUGUUUUUAUCCUUAAUUAGCAUGUACAUAUUCUUAUGCUCUGUUUGCUAGAUAGAAGAAAUGUACUGGAAGUGAAAAGGAAGUAAGAGAGUACAAAAAGAGUGAAAAUAGAUGUUGUUUGGUACUAAGGAAGGAAACAGGUGAAAGAGAAUGGACAAAGAUAUUUCUUUAUUGAAGAAAAGUAAAAAAUAAAAAUA